GUCGAGUGUGGUCGUUCAGACAGCCCUGGCUGCGCUGUUUUCAUUCAGUUUACUAUCUAAUGUUACUAUUACUGUCACUACCACAGCAAACGAUUCAUUCGACAUUAGAAAUAAAGUGGCAUAUGGAAAAUUAACCUUAGCUUUGUUGGAAUUACUGGUAUGCAAUUCGUUUUAAAAACGUACUUAAUUGUCCGACGGGACCUUAUUUUGAGAUCCGCGAUUUCUGCCCGACCAAUGAUCACCCUAUGUUGGUUGAGUGAUUAGGGGUUAGUUUAAUUUGUUCUUCACUAUGAUCAAGCCGUGUUGGUUAAGUGAUUAAAGGGAGGGGACAUAUUAAGAAAAAAACACAUGUUCUGUGAUUUGGGUUCGGUGUUGUUUUGGGUCUCUUGUGCUGCCACACGCAUACAAACUAUGAAAUAAGGCCCUACUUGUUUUUCUUGACUGAGAAAUGCAUUUCUGAAAGUACCCCACUUGCAGUUUUCAGAUGAGCGAGUCAAUUUAGUCGACUCUUCUGACGUAGGAAUAAGGCACAUUUGAAUAUUACCACCCACCGCCCCCAUCCACGCUUAAAUAAGAUACGUCCUUUCGUGAUUGGAAGUUUGGAAUUCAUCAUGUCGAGGCGCCACGCGAGGUGUUCUGUUGUUGGCUGUAAAGAUGACCACAAAUCACUCCAUCGCGUCCCAGCCGCAGAGGACAGAAGAGCGGCGUGGAUUGAUUUCAUUUUUGAGGGCCAAGUCCCAGCCACAGUUGGCAAAAAUCUGUUGGUCUGUGCUCGCCACUUCAAGACUGACUGUUUCUCCAACCUCGGUCAAUACACGGCAGAAUUAGCUGGGAAACUUUUUCUUAACGAGGGGGCACUUCCAACUUUGCGUGGAGUACCUGCAGACGAGAGACAUGCCAUUGCAUCAGUACAGUUACCUGCUACAAGGGAUAUAGGCUGCCAGACUGAGCCACCACAGAGACGCAGUGUUGGUACACAACUCUCUUUGAAGACUCUUCAUUCACAUUACAGAAGCGCAGCUGUCCAGGCUACUGUGUCCUGCAAGAACUUUGGCACAUCAACUGGUCCCUUCACACACUCGCUGCCUUUACAAAGGCCGAGAUCUAUAAAGCAGCCAUAUAAGAGACCUCGCCUGGAGCAGGAGGAGUUUGAGGAGGAGGAGGAUUCUCUCGAGGGCUGCUCAAUACUGGCUUCUCAAGGGCUGGAAGCAACCUAUGACUCUGAAGACUCGGUUACCGCUUUGACAGAGUCAACAGUCAUGUCAGAUGCUGAAUCCACUUCCAAACAUGAGAUAAGGAAGUACAUAGUGUACGAGACCUGUCUCAUGGAGCUGUUCGAUGUGUGUGCUGUGUGCAAGUGUGUAUGUGCUGUUAAAACCAAAAGGCUUGGGACGUUCAUAUCAGUGGAACAGCUGUGUGAGUAUUGCGAGUAUUCCCGAAUUUGGAAAAGCCAGCCUCUUCUGGAUAACACGCCAGCUGGGAAUUUACAGCUUUCGGCAGCAGUGUACAUCAGUGGAGCCUCUUUCUUCAAACUUCAAAGGGUGUUUAAGGCAAUGCAUCUGCAGAUUUUUCUCUCCGACACCUUUCGUCGGCAUGCUAGAAUGUUUAUAGAGCCAGCUAUUGUCCACAAAUGGAAAAAUUCCCAGGAAUUGAUGCUGCAGCAGCUCAGCGAAGAAAGUAAAGUAAUACUUUGUGGUGACAUGAGGGCUGAUUCUCCAGGGCACUGUGCAAAAUUUGGGAUCUACACCAUGAUGGCCCUCAACACCAAUACUGUUGUCGAUCUCCAGUUGGUUCAGAGCAAUGAGGUUGGAGGUAGCUCCCAUAUGGAGCAGGAAGGCCUGAAGAGGAGCCUUGAAUUGUUCGGUGCACGUGGGGUAACCCUUGAUUGCAUCGUCACCGACAGUCAUCCACAAAUUCAAAGAUUUCUGAGGGAGAACAACAUCACUCAAUUCUAUGACGUCUGGCACAUGGAGAAAGCCACUCCUGCAUUCUACAAGCUGGAGAAGGCGCUGACCAAAAAGACAGUCCUAAGGGACAUUGCAAAGCUCAGUCCCCACCACCAGACCUCCUCUUUGGACGCAUUCCACGCUUUGAUCCUGCAGUUCGCUCCUAAAAACGUGAUCUAUCCAUAUCUAGGAAUACUUUGCAGACACUACCUGGCUGCACUGCAUUACAACGAGAAUGCUGAUAGAGGACAAGCCACCACGUCGUCAUGGGAUCCUAUUUACAGUCUGAGCUUUCCAAAGACCAGGAAGGGAGAGUGCAGAGCCAAACCAGUGAAGACUGAGGCGACAUUCCGGUAUGUUGAUGAUUUGAUGGACAUGAUCAUGGAGAACGUCUUUGUUGACCCAUCAUCGUACAGAGCUGAGAUUCUGAAGAUGAACAUCCCGCCGGACCCGUCUUCAGAAUAUGAGCAUCAAAACGAGGAGGAGGCUAAAUUCCUGUAGCGACUGAGAAAAUUGUUCUUGAAACAGGUUCUACACUGUGUCCAAAUUUUUCUAAUUGGAUUAAGUGAAUCCUUCGCUAUACUGUAUUUACAAAUGUUAUGUAUGAAUAUUCGUAUUUACAAAUAUUCAUGACUGCGAUCAAUAAAUGUUUAUUGUAUCUGUAAAAUGUUUCAUGUGAAUUGAUGCGUAAUAUGCAGUAUUUGCUUAGCAAAAACUUGGCUGUGUUAAAAUAUCAUCUGAAUUUGUGGCAUUGACCGACUAUAUGUAGUUUAUUAUGGUGUAUGAACAGUGAAGUAGGUUAUUACAGAUAAAACUCGCUGCUCUAUCCCCCGUAGCUGUAAAGGGCCGUAGUCAGUUGUUGCAUGCAUUUUGCAGAGACAACACAUUUAGGCAAACCCGUUCUAAACAUGGAUGGUCUAUCAUACAGGGAGGCCUUUGAUCCAGCUGCCGCAGCCGUCUUGUAACCUAUUAUGCAUAACAUAAGGUGAGUGUCUGCAGUGGCAUGUUAUCAGAAAUGCACUGCAAACUUAAGUGUAGGAUAAGAUAGCUGCUAAUGUUACCUGUGGCACCUCCUGACAGCAUAAGUUCUAAGGCUCUGACCGCAUUGCACAAUUUCCACAUGUGCACCUAUGCAAACAAAUAAAAAUGUAUUCAUGAAUGUAUAAUGCCAAAAGAAUAAGAAACCUGGCAUACCAGUACUUGAAACAAUAAUGGCUCCCACGUCGAAGAUUUGAAUGUGUGCUCUAGCUAGCCACAUUUUCCCAGCCUGAGGUGAAUGGCCAGUAGCGCUUGGCCUUCUCAAGUUAACAUGAACACAUCUGGUUGAUUUGGUACCUGCAAACUUGCAAGACGUAACUUCACCUUUUGUGAACAAGAAGCAAAAUAUAGGCUAAAAUUAAAUAGGGUUACUAUGUAUAAAGUUGCCUAGCUUCUAGAAAUAGCUAGUAGCUACUUAUUUUUUUUUUUAUUUGCACUACCACCUUGACAAACCUUUUCCCAGAGCACCUUAGCGUACUAUCCAUUUUAUGCUGCUCAUACCUCGUCACUUUACUUUUUUGCUGCUGUAUUCUCUACUUGACUGUAUUCACUACUCCUGCACUAUCCCGCACUAUCAUUUACACCGCGUUCCAAAUUAUUAUGCAAAUGAUAUUUUUCUCUGAUUUUCCUUAAUAGUCAAUGAGAAUGACUCAGUAUAAUUUUCAAGUCAUCAACCGUUGGAGUAUAAUUCGAAUUUUAUUGAACAAACCUCCCAAUGAUAACAGUAUUUUUUUCAAAAAUAAAAAACUCAAAAUGCACUGUUCCAAAUUA